AUGGAAUGUCCUCUGGAGGAUGGCCUGGAGGAAGAGGAGGAGGAGUGUGUCUCCGAGGAGAACGAGCUCUUGGCCAAAGACGAGUUCUCGGUGGAAGAGAACUUCACUGCCGAAUUUGAGGCUGAGAACAUGAGUUGCGAAGACAUGGAGUACUUCUGCAACAAAGGAGAGGAAGAUGGCAACCGAGAUGCAGGAGAGUCGGAGAUGGAGGGGCAGGGAGAGAAGACCAGGCAUGCUGCAGUGGGGCCAGAUGAAUGGGAUGGUCCAAGAGAGCUGGAUGCCUUCCUUAAAGAUGGCGAGCGUCGGAUCCACAGCCGGCAGCAGCUCCCUGUGGGGACAACAUGGGGACCCUUCGAAGGGAAGAUUGAGAUGAGCACUGACAGCACCGCACUGAAGACGAAGAGCACGGUCCCGGUGGUGCUGAGCGCCGGCCCCAGGUGGCUGCUGGAUGUGACUUGGCAGGGAGCGGAAGACAACAAAAACAACUGUGUGGUGUACAGCAAAGGUGGCCAACUGUGGUGCACCACCACCAAGAACAUGAUGGAGGGCGAGGAGCUAGUGGCGUUUGCGGUGGACUUUGACUCGCGUCUGCAGGCAGUGAACCACAUGUCUCUGAGUGAGGGCAUGUACCCAGCCAGGCUGCUGGACAGCAUCCAGCUCCUGCCGCAGCAGGCCGCAAUGGCCUCCAUCCUGCCCACUGCCAUCGUCAACAAGGACAUCUUCCCCUGCAAGGCAUGUGGAAUCUGGUUUCGGAGCGAGAGGAACCUGCAGGCCCAUCUGAUGUACUACUGCAGCGGGCGACAGAGGGAGCCAGAGACGGUAGUGGAGGAGAACGACACCGGACCCCACCAGACCCCCAGUAUCUGCCCCUUCCCACAGUGCAACAAGAGCUUCUCAGGAGCGAGGGCCCUGGAAAUGCACUUGAGCACCUCACACAGUGGUGUCAAAAUGGAAGAGAGCCUCCCUCCUGGCACCAGCUUGAAAUGCACAAUCUGUAACUACACGGCAGAUUCUCUUAUUACAUUCCAGCAUCACAUCAUGUCUCACCUGUCACAGGCGGCCUUCAGAUGCAAUCACUGCCAUAUCAGCUUCCAGAGCCACAGGGAACUCUUACAGCAUCAGGACUUACAUGGGCACGGCAGCAAACUUCACAGGGAAGGCGACGGCAGUGAGCAUUCCCCAAGGGGGCCUGAGGAAAGCCUCCAGCAGCAGCAGCAGCAGCAGCAGCAGGCCCGCACUGAGCUGGCCAACAGGAAGGAUGCUCUGCUGGGAAGUCCCAAAGGGGCCCUCAACAAGGAGACCAGCACAGACGGAGAGGCUGACAAGGCUGAGAAGAAGCCCAUGCUGUCGGUUCAGAAGGGAGAGGUGCACCCAGGCAGUAAAGCCAGUUUUUCUUACACUAGGAUCAAGUCUGAGCCCUCCAGCCCCCGGCUGGCCUCCUCCCCUGUGCAGCAUAACAUGCCUACAUUUCCCAUGGGCCCCUUCUUGUCUCAGUUUGCUUUCUCCCAAGACAUUUCAGUAGUCCCACAGGCUUCUGAGAUUCUGGCUAAAAUGUCAGAGCUAGUUCACCGGAGGCUGCGCCAUGGAGGGAACAGCUACCCCCCUGUCAUCUACAGUCCUCUUAUGCCCAAAGGGGCCACCUGUUUUGAAUGCAAUAUCACCUUCAGCAACUUGGACAACUAUUUGGUCCACAAAAAGCAUUACUGUAACAGUCGCUGGCAACACAUGGCAAAGUCUCCCGACUUCUCCACCCUCUCAGAUAAGGUCCCUGAGGCGGUGAGCCCCAACAGUGGUCACAGUUCUGUUAGCAUGUUGGCCAGCUGCCAUCCCACAGAGGCCGACAGCCACCUCAUGCAGUCUGCCUGUCUGAACUCCAAUGUGUUGGACAUGAUCAAUGCUGGGGCUAAAGGGCCCGAUAAGGAUCUACCAGGACAGGUGAAGAAGGUCUCCACCCCGACUGGGGCUGAGGAGAGGCUGAAUGGCAAGCAGAUGGAGGGUAAAAGCCCCAGUACAGGUCUGGUGGAAAGUGACAAUGAUCCAACCAAGACAACCUGUGAUGCCUGCAAUAUCACCUUCAGUCGUCAUGAGACCUACAUGGUCCACAAGCAGUACUACUGUGCCACUCGUCACGAUCCACCCAUGAAACGCAUGUCCACCAACAAGGUGCCCUCCAUGCAAAGAACCAUGAGGACCCGCAAACGUAGGAAGAUGUACGAGAUGUGUCUCCCUGACCAGGACCACCAGAGGCCCCCUAUGGGUCAGCCGAGUUUCCUUGGAGUUCCUCCUAUGAACCCUUGUACAUCGCAGGAAGCUGUAGAGAGCCUGGCAGAUCGCUUCCACCCCCGCUGUGACAUCUUCCCAGGUAUGGUACCCAAACACCUGGAGGCCUCUCUCACUGUCACUAAACCAAUUCUGGCUCCCAAAUGCAAUACUGCGGAGCAGCAGGAGCUGGACGCUCCCAUUGAUCUCAGCAAAAAGUGUUCGCCAGUCCCUGACAAGACAUGUAGCUCUCCCAAAAGACUGUUGGACUAUCACGAAUGUGCAGUGUGCAAGAUAAGUUUUAACAAAGUGGAGAACUACCUGGCGCACAAACAGAACUUUUGCCCUGCAACAGCCGCCGCAGCCGCUGCUGCUCAGCAGCAACAACAACAGCAACAACAACAGCCACAACAGCAGCAACAACACAAUGAGACUGGCAGCCUGGAGCCAACCAUGUUCCCAGAUGUGAAGAGUGAAGGCAAUAACAACCCUGAUGAUGUCUACGAUAAGAGCCCAGGCAUAUGUGAGAAGAAUGGCAAUGGGAAGGUUAUGGUGCAGAAUGGAGGCAUGUUCCCCCCUCACCUGGGGCCUGUGCCGGCACUCAAGCCUUUUACUGAGCCCCAGCUCAUCCCAUCAAAAGAUGAGAACAAAAAUAUGUUUCUGCCCCACUGCCUUUAUCCUGGAGCAAUAAAGAAGGUGAAAGGUCCUGAGCAAAUAUCGCCGUAUUUUGGGAUAAAGCCAACCGAUUAUGUGACUGGGGGACCAGUGAUGCAGGGAGAGGCCAGCGAACAAGAGCAGAGCAUUAACGGGGGAGGAGGAGGAGGUGCAGGUGGAGGAGGAGAGACAGGAACAACCAGAGAGCAGGCCCAGCAGCCUGCUGCUAAUGGCUGCCCCCACCCUGGCAAGGAGCCCCUUCCUCUACUGCCCAAAAACCGGGGCAUGGUCAUCGUCAACGGGGGGCACAAGCCCGAGGAGCGUUCAGGCACAGCUCCCCCACAGCAGGAGAACCAGCCACAGCCAGACGGCCAACCCCCCAAUCCCUCACCUACGUGGGCCACUGAGAACCAGGCCGACUCCAAUGAGAACAUGUCACCUUCCUCCAAGUCCCCAAACGAGGAGGCGGCACCCACAGCCAAUAAAGGCGUGAACGGCUCUGGAAGUGGCAAGUACUGCCGCCUCUGUGAUAUCCAGUUCAACAACCUGUCAAACUUUAUUACCCAUAAGAAGUUUUACUGUUCAUCACAUGCUGCAGAGCAUGUAAAAUAAGUUAGAAGAAUAAGACAUGUUCUUCUCCUCCUUCC